UAAAUCGCUUGACGGUACUGUAAGAUUCUUAAUAUCAAAGAGCUCGACCACGAGUCCAUCAAAAAAAAAAAAAAAACAAAGUCUAUGAAACAUUGACAUUUAGUCUAUGAAAUCACUACGCAUUCUUUUUGAUUCACUUCACUUCCGCGUCACCUACACAAGUUCAACAACCUCUAUCAGAUUAAUCCGCAAAUUGUCCUUUUUAUUUCACUUGGAGCUCCAUAUCCGCUGAUCGCCUAAACCUAUCUUACAACUUACAAUAUACAAACCGCAAGAAGUGUAUCUACCAACCCGCGAAGAAGCCGGCCGGCGCAAGAAAAAACGUGACACGAAGCAUGUGAUAAUAAUUAGUAUUUAACUGAAGGUGAAACCCAGCGAUCCGCCAAAACUGUAAGUUUUCCUACAACCUUUCUGGUCCAUUCGAGUUCCCGGAUCCCGUAAUCUCAAUCUAAAUUCCUUCUUAAUCACACAAUUACACAAAGACAACACGCGCCAUCUUGCAUUCGACCGGUUCUUAUUUUCACAUCUUUCGUAAUCCAAUCGCAUCCUACAGAUUAUAACGCAAUACACGCAUUUUAAUACAUUUUUCUAAAAAUUACCGCUUACUUUUCUCAUACAUAUAUCUAUUAACAAGAAGAAUUAGUUACUUAACCUUAAAAUAUUACACUUGCAUAUCUAUAAACAAUUUAAUUCAUUUCUUACAACUCCUGAGCUUACAACAUGUCGAAGCUAAAUAAAAAUAUAUUAAAACUAGAAGCACGCAAAGAAAGCCUGUUUAAUAUAAUACAACAAUUAUACGAUUUGAGCCGCUGCUUAGACGAUGAUCAAAACAGAAGUAGAUUUUUAACUAGAGUCAUUUCAAUAGAAAGUACUAGGCAACAAUUUAUAAACACGGUAGAUGAGCUAGUCACUGAGCAACUCAAGGAAGAUGAGAACAUCAGACCAAAUUAUGCUGCGCUUGAAGCAUUUGAUCAAUUAUAUUGUGAAAUUCAACAAGCUUUAUCCAAUGUAAAAAGCAAAUCUCAAGGACUAGAGCAAUAUAACUUGUUGAAUUCAAAAUUGCCACCCAUACAACUUCAGAAGUUCGAUGGGAGUCCCAGUGCUUGGCCCGUCUUUUAUGAAAAUUUCCUAAGUUUAAUUCACAACAAUAAUCAAAUCUCAGAUAUGCAAAAGGUCCAGUAUCUGACAGGAUGCUUAACUGGGAAGGCUUUGCAUAUUUGUGCCAGUAUAAGGCCAACUGGCGAAAAUUACCACAUAAUCUUUAAUUCUCUUGUAGAAAAGUAUCAGGAUACAAGGGUCUUGGCGUCUCAAUAUGUAGAAUCCCUACUACAUUACAAACAAAAUACAUUUUCUUUAGAAUCAUUUUUAGAACAGUUUUGUUCAGCAGAAGCUGCUCUUAGACGUUUAAAUAUAGAUGAUUUAGCAGAUUUUAUAAUAACUCAUAUCGCUCUCUCAAAGUUAAAUAAAGACACUGUAAUCUUAUUUGAACAAACUCACAAGGACAUUAAAAUUCCUAAAUUUUCAGAUUUAAAUAAGUUUCUUAAAGAACAGGUUAAAAUAAUUACAUUGCGCGCACAAACUACUCAGUCAUAUGCUAAGACUGAAAACUAUAACAGAAAACCCAACACUACUUACAAGCCUAAGCCUCAAACGUUCACAAGUACAGUGUGUGGUAAUACUUAUUCUUCAAAUUCUCAAAUUAAUCAACGCUCUUGUUUAGUAUGUAAAAGUAAGGAUUUUCAUCCAUUAUAUAAAUGUGAUUUCUUCAUAAAUCAAGAUCCUAGAAACAGACUUGACAUAGUAAAUAAGACAGGAUAUUGUAAAAAUUGUUUAGGAUCUCAUAAGACGUUCCAAUGCCGCAGUCAAAAUAGAUGUAUGAAGUGCUCCAAUUUACAUCACUCUCUGUUAUGUGACUCAUUUGCUAAACCUGGCACUUCACGUUCUUAUACCGCUUCUCACUCACUGAACCAUAGGGACACAUCAACUAAUAACACUUCAACUCACUUAUCUGAUAAACAUUCAAUAGCUCAACCAUUAGCAUCAAGUUUUCAAACUCAACAUACUUCUGAAAAUCAAAAUCCACCUCAAAAGUCAAAUGAUUUAGCUCUCUCUGUCACAACAUCAGCUUGUACUUACAGUAACAUUAAUCAUACAACAGUAUUGCUUCCCACAGCCGCUGUUAGUGUUUACAAUAAUAAUGAACACCAUUAUAUACGCCUAUUUUUAGAUACUGGGUCGAUGACCAAUUUCAUAAGUAAAGACUGCUGUCAAAGGCUCAAUUUGAAAAUUAAAUUUGCUCCCACUACCAUAAAGGGUAUUGGUCAAACCGAAAGUACUUCAUUAGGUUUCGUUACAUUUAAAAUUCACUCUCGUUUUGAUAACCGUUGUUCUUACACAAUUAAUGCUAGGGUCAUUGACACAAUAACUGACCACUUGCCUAAUGCCCAUAUUAAUGUCUCAGAAUUAAAUCACUUGCACUCUUUGCCGUUGGCAGAUGAUAACUAUCAUAUUCCUGGCCCAAUUGAUUGUUUGAUUGGAAAUGAAUUGUUUCCAUUUUUAAUUGGGAGUAAUAAAAUUAUUUCACCGCAUUCUUCUGUUGUUGCAAUUCAAUCAACGCUCGGCUAUAUACUUAUGGGGAAAGCUAAUUGUGUCAUGAACGAUCAUUACCAAUCUAACAGUAAAGCAUUUUUUUGCAACACAGAACCACUAUUACUUGAAAAAUUAACAGAACGCUUUUGGUCAUUAGAAAAUGUUCCUCAAAGAAACCAUGUAAGCCCAGAUGAGGAGACUUGUGAGCGCAUAUUUAAACAUACAUAUUCACGCGAUAAAACAGGUAGAUAUACUGUACACUUACCCUUCAAAGAAGAUCCCGCGAAACUAGGUGACUCAUUCAUAAACGCUAAACGCUCUCUGACAAACUUGGAAAGAAAGUUAGACUCUACACCCGCUCUUCGCGCAGACUAUAACGCAACUAUUCAGUCAUACAUUGACAAAGGUUAUCUCACAAAAGUAAAGGAUCCAUCACGCACCACUAAUUGUUAUUACAUUCCGCAUAGAGCUGUUUAUCGCCCAGAUAAAAAAACUUCUAAAACUCGCAUUGUACUCAAUGCUUCAAGAAAAACAACAUCAGGAAAAUCACUCAAUGACUUAUUAUAUACAGGACCCAAUUUACAAAAUAGCAUAUUUGAAUUAUUGAUAAAUUUACGUUUAUUCUCUGUCGCCUUGACAGCAGAUAUCGAAAAACAUUAUUUUCAACUAAAUCUCACACCCGCACAUCACGCUUAUCAACGCAUUCUUUUUAGAUUUGAUUCUACACAACCAAUAGAUACUUAUAAUUUUACAGUUGUGUCAUUUGGAGUGUCAAGCUCACCGUACCUUGCUAUGAGAGUUGUACGUCAGUUAGCUGAAGAUAGUAAAGACAAAUAUCCACUUGCAUCAAUUGAAGCUAAUAAUAAUAUGUACAUGGAUGAUUACAUAAAUUCAGUCAAUAGCUUGGAUAAAGCUUUUGAAACUUAUCAAGAAAUGGUUAAAAUGUUCAACUCCGGUGGUUUUAAUCUAGUAAAGUGGAUCUCUAAUAACACUGAACUCUUAGCUAAAAUUCCUUCUGCUCAUAAAAAUGAAAAUUUUAUCAAUUUCGACUCAGACUCUCAAGAUGUUACAAAGAUUAUAGGUAUGCAAUGGCAUCCUAAGUCAGAUACAUUCAACUUUAAAAUUAGUUUAAAUAAUGACACUUACUCAAACACACAGUACACUAAACGCUUAAUUCUUUCUAUAACCGCGCGUUUAUUUGACCCCUUAGGUUUUAUAGGCCCUGUUAUAACUUUCAUGAAACUUCUUAUACAAGAGUGUUGGAAGUUAAAUCUUGACUGGGAUACUCCAGUACCCAUCUCAAUCUCCCACCAAUUUACUCAAUUCUGUAAUGAACUCUCAUAUUUAGAAAAAAUUCAAAUUCCACGUCAUGUAGGUAUAUAUUCUGAUGUACACAUCACACUAUUAGGAUUUUCUGACGCUAGUGAGAAAUGCUACGGAGCCGCGGUAUACCUACGUGUAAGCUCUAAUGAACAAUCUCAGGGAUGUGUUCAUUUACUCACUUCCAAAUCAAGAGUAGCACCGCUUAAGAAAAUAUCUCUCGCCCGUUUAGAACUUUGCGCCGCUUUACUCUUAGCUAAUUUAAUUAACUCUGUACGAGAGGUUCUAACUAAACGCUGUAAAUUAAAUGAAAUAUAUGCAUUUACAGAUUCAACAGUAACGCUUACAUGGAUACAUUCACCCGCUUAUAAAUUUCAUACAUUCGUUGCUAAUAGAAUAACAGAAAUAAAUUCUAAAUUACAUUCUAAACAUUGGUUUCAUAUAGAUGGUCGCGAAAACCCCGCCGAUAUAAUUUCUCGCCCUAUAACACCAAAAGAGUUGUUGAAACGCAACCUUUGGUUUAAAGGUCCACAAUGGAUUACUUACCCUAAUUCUCAAUGGCCUGUAAAAACGUUCAUUGUUGGAAGUAAUAAUGAAAACCUUGAGGAAUCAAAAACAACAGUUUUAAAAGUUGAAGUUUCUCUUCCCAACUCUCAACAUCCUAUUGAAAAUUUAGCCGAACGCUCUUCAAGCUGGUCUAAAUUACUCCGCAUUACAGUAUAUAUUCUAAGAUUUUCAAAACGUCUUAGCUCUCGAGGACUCGUCUCAGUUUCAGAUUUGGAAUUUGCUGAAGUUUAUAUUAUACGUUACAUUCAAAAUAAACAUUUUUCAAGUGACAUUUGCGCUCUUAAUACUAACAAAAUUUGCUCUAAAGCUAUACUAAAUCUCAACCCCUUUAUGGAUAAUGACCUCAUUCGAGUUGGUGGUCGUUUGUCCAACUCACAAUUAGAGUUUGGUCAAAAACAUCCUUUUAUUUUACCUGCAAAGGAACGAAUUACUCAUCUCAUUGUUGAUUUUUAUCAUAUAACUAACUUGCACACAGGACCUGCUCUUUUACUUGCACUAAUUAGACAGAAAUACUGGAUAAUUGGUGCUAGAAAUUUGAUUCGUAAUCGUGUACACAAAUGCAACAUUUGCCAUCGCAUUAAUCCUAAAUUUACCUACCCUAAAAUGGGAGAGUUGCCCGCAUUUAGAGUAGCACAAGUCAAAGCUUUCGUUUUUUGCUCUGUAGAUUACAUGGGACCUUAUUUCGUUACUCAUAUACGCCGUAGAGGCAUAAAAAGCCAAAAAGCAUAUGUUUGUGUAUUCACUUGCCUAACUACUAAGGCAAUACAUAUAGAAUUGGUCUCUGAUUUAAGUUCAGAUUUAUUUUUAGCAGCCUUUUUAAGAUUAAUAUCACGAAAGGGACCUGUUAGCUUAAUUUACAGUGAUGGAGCUACAAAUUUUUUAGGUUCAAAGCGCAAGUUAAAUGAAAUUUAUUCUCUCAUACAGUCCAAAGCUCAUCAAAAUUAUAUUGAAAACAAACUAGCAGAGCAUCGAAUUCAAUUUAAGCAUAGCCCACCAUAUGGUCCACACUUUAAUGGACUAAGUGAAAUUAACGUCCGCUGUAUAAAAACUCAUUUGUAUAAAGUUAUAGGUACACAAAUUCUAACUUAUGAAGAAUUAAAUACAGUUUUAGUUCAAAUUGAAAAUCUGUUAAAUAGUAGACCAUUGUGCGUCUUGAGUGCUGAUCCUUCAGACCUAUCUGCUUUAACUCCAAAUCAUUUUCUCAACAUCACUCCUAUGAAGUAUUUACCAUCAGAAGACUUGACUGACAUACCUGACACUCGGUUAUCACGCUAUCAAUUAUUAAAAAAGAUCACUCAUUCCUUUUGGAAACGGUGGAGUCAAGAGUACUUAACUUCUUUACAACAGAGACAGAAAUGGAAUACACCUUCUAAUCCUAUUACUACUGGAACUGUUGUAUUGAUCAAAGAUUCUAAUACUCAUCCUUUAUGUUGGCCUUUAGGAAUAGUAGAACAAUUGUAUCCAGGGAAGGAUAAUAUAGUCAGAGCAGUCAAAGUUAGAACGCACUCCGGAAGCUAUAUCCGUCCUGUUGUACGGAUUAGUCCCUUACCUUUGCAAUAAUAUUUAAUUUCAUUCAAAUUGUUUUAAUUAAAGAUAAUUCAUUUAUUUAGUACAUUAUAGUUAUAAAUAUAUUUUCACAUAUACUUCAAGCUCAACGCUCAAACCUUAUAAUUCAGUUAUUAAUUUAUGUAGAGGGUACCUCUACGCCCGGGGGAGUUGUAAGAUUCUUAAUAUCAAAGAGCUCGACCACGAGUCCAUCAAAAAAAAAAAAAAAACAAAGUCUAUGAAACAUUGACAUUUAGUCUAUGAAAUCACUACGCAUUCUUUUUGAUUCACUUCACUUCCGCGUCACCUACACAAGUUCAACAACCUCUAUCAGAUUAAUCCGCAAAUUGUCCUUUUUAUUUCACUUGGAGCUCCAUAUCCGCUGAUCGCCUAAACCUAUCUUACAACUUACAAUAUACAAACCGCAAGAAGUGUAUCUACCAACCCGCGAAGAAGCCGGCCGGCGCAAGAAAAAACGUGACACGAAGCAUGUGAUAAUAAUUAGUAUUUAACUGAAGGUGAAACCCAGCGAUCCGCCAAAACUGUAAGUUUUCCUACAGGUACGUCUUUGUCGGUAGGGUGGUAACUAGCCACGGCCGAAGCCACCCACCAGCCAAAACGGGUCCUACAAACUUAGGUCUGACUCUCAAUCUAACAGCUGUCUAUUGCAAUCUUUACCCUUAUCAGGGUUAAGGGACAGAAUGGAAACUUGGUUAAAAAUAAAAUAAAACAAAAACAUUUACCAAACCAAAAUCACUUUUAUUUACACAGUGUAGUUUCACAUGACCUUGUAUAUUUUGAGACGAUAUUACGAAAUACAAAUAAAAAAAAACAAUAUUAAAAAAUUGUAUUAUUAUUCUAAAAACUUAUAGCAUUAGUGAACAACAUUUAUUAUAAUAACAUUCCAAUAUUUUGUACUCUUUAAAUUAAAAUGUGAUAAAUUACAAAACACGACAUCGAUUGCGAUUCAAUCACGCAACUAUUACUAUGUAAACUAAUUAAAACAUUACAAAAUCCAUUUAUAAUUAAAAUAUAAUAAUAAUUAUUAUAAUUAAAACAGUGUUAGCAAAGUAUGCCAAAAUGUAUGAACAUAUAUCAUUUACAAAACAGAAUUGCCCUGUCGGCAGCGAGCUAUUCAAAUAAAGUUAAAGAAUUCUAAAGUACUUAGUUUAGCAUUAUUUUUUUAUAUAUCUAACACAAAUUGCCACAAUUUUAAAAUCGCAGACAAAAAAUGUUUACGAUACCUACCUUUGAUACCAUUAUUGUCACUUUUUAAGUAAAUAUCACCUUUUACAUUACAAUUUGUGACAUUACACUACCUUUUACUAUUUUUAGUUUUAAUAAAACUUCUUCAUUCAAAUUAUUAGUUAAAAGAAACCGAUAUUUAUUUCAUUUAAUAUGUAUUCUGUGCUUUUACCUAGAGAGUGAAAUGUAAAACACGAUUAUACAAAAAAAAUCGCCGAAAUUAUUGUAAAAAUGUGUUGUACAAAGAUUUAAGGCUUCAUGUUAAUGUAGAAAGUAUAAAUCCAUACAAAAAUCACCAUUUUCGUGGUUUCCUUUAAAGGAAAGAGCAAACAUAAAUCAAGUAUGAAUAAGAUUAUAAAAAAUGUUCAGAGAGAUAUCGUUUUAAAAUGUCAUUAAACAUUUUCAAGGAUUGCAUCCCCCAAUUAAUUGUUAAAUUAAAAAAAAAAACAUUGUGUCUAUUUACAGUUCACAAACAAUGUAGUCCGAUUAAAUUAAACAAAGUUUUAUUUAGUUACAUGCAUUAAUGAUAAUACACGUCAAUUAAAUAACAAAUGAAUUUACUUAUUAAUAUGUAUAAGAAUUCAGUUUGCAGAAAAUAUUUAAACAAAUAUACUUGAUAAUUAAUCCAAACACGUGUUUUUUGUAUCAAUUAAAUUAUAGAGGACGCGUUGUGUACACGACAUAAUAUGGUUUAAAAAAUAUUAAAAUGUUUGUUGCAGUUUUUUGGAACUGGAACACAAAACUAAUAUCAUAAAUUCGAAUGUGAAUUUGUUUGUAACGCUUAACCGCCUAAUCCAUUAAACCGAUUGUUAAAAUUGUUACACCAAUGGUAAACUACAUUAUUUGCUAGUAACAGUCUACAUUCCAUCCCCGUAUUCCCAGGGGAACGGGAACUACAGCGACACCGCGACCAUCCGCUAAAUAAUCUUAAUAUAUAAAUGCUCAUUCAUUCAAAAAGUUCAUUCAUCACGAAAUCUCGAAAAUAGCUUUAUGUACAAAGCUGAAAUUUGGCAGGGAGGUAGUUUAUAUUUAGUAGGUAUCCACUAAGAACAGAUUUUGCGAUGGGGCCGGAUUAAAGAGGUCUAAGGGUGGACGAAGUCGCGGGCGUCCGCUAGUAUAAUAUACACAAAUCUUUACCUCUCAAACAUAUAAACCUUCGAUAAUAUAGGAAGACUGUAUUUAUAAAAUUAUAACUACACAAUACACAUACUCGUAAAAAGCAUUGGUUUUACUUAGAUAUUGGAAUGCACAUAAAUUUAUUGAGGUUUUAAUUAGACAAAUGCUCGCAUAGUGAUGUGAUUUGGUCUUCUUUUGGUUGUGUUUAUUAGAACAAAAACUUUUGGUAAUUCUGAAGUCUAUUUUUCUACCAGGCUAAGACUGAGUCAGUUUUAUCAAGAUUAUUACUGUUAAAAUUAAUUGAAGUUUGAGAUUUUUAAGCAGGUAUAACCUCACGACGCGAAGUGGCAAUGGGCGGGGCACAUCGUUCGAAGAGCCGAUGGACAUUGGGGUCCCAAGGUGCUGGAAUGGCGACACCGCCCUACAAAAUGCAGUGUUGAUCGACCCCCACCACCAGUGUUCUGCACUGGAUGUCCAUCAACUGAUUUGAUGCUGGAUGAUGACUACGACGACGAUGAUGGAUGGUGGUGAUGAUGCCGACUACGAUGAUCGUGAUGAUGGUGAUGAAGAAGAGAAUCAUGAUGAUGAUGAUGAUGAUGAUGAUGAUGAUGAUGAUGAUGAUGAUGAUGAUGAUGAUGAUGAUGAUGAUGAUGAUGAUGAUGAUGAUGACGACGACGACGAUGGUGAUGGUAAUGAAGAUGAAGAUGACGGCCUCCGUGGCGCAGUGGUAUGCGCGGUGGAUUUACAAGACGGAGGUCCUGGGUUCGAUCCCCGGCUGGGCAGAUUGAGAUUUUCUUAAUUUUUCCAGGUCUGGCUAGUGGGAGGCUUCGGCCGUGGCUAGUUACCACCCUACCGGCAAAGAUGUACCGCCAAGCGAUUUAGCGUUCCGGUACGAUGCCGUGUAGAAACCGAAAUGGGUGUGGAUUUUCAUCCUCCUCCUAACAAGUUAGCCCGCUUCCAUCUUAGACUGCAUCAUCACUUACCAUGAGGUGAGAUUGUAGUCAAGGGGUAAUUUGUAAAGAAUAAAAAAAAAAUGACAGUGGUGAUGGAUGACGAAGAUGAUGGUGGGGAUGGAUGAAGAUGAUGACGAUGAUGGUGGUGAUGGAUGAUGACGAUGAUAGUGGUGAUGGUGGUGGUGGUGGUGAUGAUGAUGAUGAUGAUGGUGAUGAUGAUGGUGAUGGUGAUGGUGAUGGUGAUGGUGAUGAUGAUGAUGAUGAUGUCAGAGUCAGUGCCAGGUAUUAACUAGCGAGGCAGGUCCAUAUGCAAUUAGCCUGAGUACUUGACCUAGUCCCAUUAUUCACAUUGUACUUGCUUAGAUAAAAAAAAAAUGCUUGCAGAAAAAUAGUUCUACACGAAUCUCCAUUGAGGAUGACCACCUCAGAUCAAUUCAGUGGUAUUUUAAGUGAGUGCCAUUUAAUGGCAUUACUACACCAUCUAGACUAAGUUCUAAAUAGCGGUGUGCACAAGGUUUGCAAUUAGGGUAAGCGUUAUACAUUUGUUAUGUUAUCUCAGGGUAGUUAUUUUGUUUUUUUAGAAUGAAAUAAAAAAAAUUUGAAAGCACACCUAGGUAGGUAGUAGGUAGUAGGUCUAUGUAAUACCAAUACAACAUUAUUACAUCAGUCUUAAUUUUUUUUGUGUUAAAUAAGGACUAUUACAGACAGUGACAGUUUUUAAAUGUUUUUUCAAUGCCAUGUCUUUUUUUAAUUUUGACUUAAUCAGCUAUAUCAAGUUAUAAGGUUCGAAUUUCGUUCGAGUUAAAUGCAAUAUGGUACGAAAAAUUUAGACUCUAAAAA